UUCGAUUUGCAAAAGCAGCUCCAAGCCUUUGAUGUUCGAUGAGUUGAGGAAAUGGUGGGCCGGUGAUCAUGAAGACAGAUUUCAAGUUCUCAAACUUGCUGGGCACAGUCUACUGCCAGGGCAACCUACUAUUCAACCCCGAUGGCACCCAUCUCUUCUCGCCAGUUGGCAACAGAGUAACUGUAUUCGACCUUGUCAAUAACAAGUCACACACUCUACCCUUCGCUCAUCGAAAGAACAUCGCGCGACUCGGUCUCACUCCGCGAGGCAACCUUCUCCUAUCUGUAGACGAAGAUGGUCAUGCCAUUUUGACCAACGUCCUUAGAAGGAUACCCGUCUAUCACUUCGCCUUCCGCGGAAAAGUCACUGCUCUUUCGUUCUCGCCAUCCGGACGACACUUCGCGGUUGGAAUCGGCCGCAAGAUCGAAGUAUGGCAUGUCCCUUCAACACCAGAUACGAACCCGGAAGGGGUGCUCGACUUUGCUCCAUUUGUCAAACACCACACCCACACUCAGCAUUUUGACGAUGUACGACACAUAGAAUGGUCCAGCGAUUCUCGGUUCUUUCUUAGUACGUCGAAAGAUCUGACAGCGAGGGUAUGGAGCCUCGAUGCGGAGGAAGGUUUCGUGCCUACCGUGCUCUCCGGCCACAAGCAAGCCGUGGUGGGUGCUUGGUUCUCUGCGGACCAGGAGACCAUAUAUACCGUCAGCAAAGACGGCGCGGUGUUCGACUGGCAAUAUGUGGCCAAGGUGGGCCAUGAGGACGAGAUGGUGGACGCCGACGAGGCCGACAUGCGGUGGAGAAUCGUCAACCGGCACUACUUCCACCAAAACAAUGCCUCCCUCAAGUGUGCAGCGUUUCAUCCCGACUCGAAUCUACUCGUGGCCGGUUUCUCCAACGGCAUCUUCGGCCUGUACGAGCUGCCAGAGUUCAACAUGAUUCACACGCUCAACAUCUCGCAAAACGAGAUUGAUUUCGUGACGAUCAACAGGAGUGGCGAGUGGCUGGCAUUUGGUGCAUCCAAGUUGGGCCAGCUUCUGGUAUGGGAAUGGCAAUCCGAGUCCUACAUUCUGAAGCAACAAGGCCAUUUCGACUCGAUGAAUUCGCUCGUCUACUCGCCUGACGGCCAGAGGAUAGUCACUGUGGCGGACGACGGAAGGAUCAAGGUCUGGGACGUCGAGUCAGGAUUCUGCAUUGUCACAUUCACCGAACACACGAGCGGCGUCACGGCCUGUGAGUUUGCUAAAAGGGGGAAUGUCCUCUUCACUUCCAGUCUGGACGGGUCCGUGAGGGCUUGGGACCUCAUCCGGUACAGAAACUUCCGCACGUUCACGGCACCAACGAGGCUGUCCUUCUCAUGCAUGGCGGUGGAUCCCAGUGGCGAGGUGGUGGCAGCGGGCUCUCUGGACUCCUUUGACAUUCACAUCUGGUCCGUCCAGACGGGCCAGCUCCUCGACCGACUGUCCGGCCACGAAGGGCCGGUGUCGGCUCUGGCUUUCACUCCCAACGGCGACUCGCUCAUCAGUGGUAGCUGGGAUCGGACGGCACGAAUCUGGUCGAUCUUCAACAGGACGCAAACUAGCGAGCCCCUGCAGCUCCAAGCCGAUAUCCUCGACAUCGCCGUGCGGCCGGAUUCCUUGCAACUGGCCGUCUCGACCUUAGACGGUCAGUUAACGUUCUGGAACAUCACGGAGGCCGAACAAGUAUCCGGGCUUGAUGGCCGGCGGGACGUGUCGGGCGGUCGCAAAGCCACCGACCGCCGCACCGCAGCGAACGUGGCAGGCACCAAGAGCUUCAAUACGGUACGGUACAGCACGGAUGGGUCGUGUCUCCUUGCCGCAGGAAACAGCAAGUACAUCUGCCUGUACUCGGUCCACACCAUGGUCCUCCUCAAGAAGUUCACGGUCAGUGUCAACCUAUCACUGGCUGGGACACAAGAGUUUUUGAACAGCAAGCUGCUCACAGAAGCUGGCCCAGAGGACAUGAUCGACGAUCAGGGGGAGGAAUCGGAUAGGGAGAACCGAAAGGACAAAUCGCUCCCCGGUUCUAAACGGGGCGGCGAUCCGUCGGCCAGGAAAAGGAUACCGGAGGUUCGGGUCACGGGGAUCGCCUUCUCUCCGGCCGGGAGCGCCUUUUGCGCGGCGUCAACAGAAGGCCUCCUCGUCUACAGCGUAGACAACGUGCAGCAGUUUGACCCGUUCGACCUGAACAUGGAAAUCACGCCGGCAUCGACACUGGCGGUCCUCGACCAGAAGGACUACCUCAAGGCUCUCGUCAUGGCGUUCCGGCUCAACGAAGCGAGCCUGCUCAAGAGGGUUUUCCUAGCCGUGCCGUACCCGGACAUCGCUCUGGUGGUGCAAGACCUGCCGGUUGUCUACGUCCCGCGGCUCGUCCGCUUCGUGGCGGCCCAGACGGAGGAGACGCCGCACAUGGAGUUCUGCUUGUUGUGGGUCAAGGCGCUCCUGGACAAUCACGGAGCUUGGCUCAUGCAGAACAGGGGCAAGGCGGAUGUGGAAUUGAGAGUGGUGUCGCGGGCGAUUACACGGAUCCGAGACGAGAUUAGGAGGCUGGCCGACGACAACAUCUACAUGGUCGACUACCUCCUUGCUCAGUCGAAGGGCCCAGAGACCAACGGGAACUUGGCUCUCGACUGGGGGUCGAACGACGCGGCGAAGCAACAGCAAACUAUUCUCCCUACUACGACAGAGGAUGAUGUGAUUACUGAUGGGAAAGAGGAUGAUUCGGACGCGGGAAGUUGGGUUGGGUUAGAUGCGUAGACCAGCCCGCCGCACACGGGCUAUUUGAUAUACCCGAUUUGAUAUUGUAUCACACUGGGCAACUAGGAACAUGGAAUGGAAUCUCAAGGACGGAUUAUUGCGUGGUUGCAGCAUCCGAACAGGGAUAUUUCGUUCAUUUGCGGUCGGGAACGUCCUUUUAAGCUGUCAGUAAACAGUCCUUCUCAGAAGUGUAAAGGCCGGAGGAAGCAGAAGUGAAAAAGAGAAGACAAUGAAAGGGGAAAGAAAAUACCCUCCACAUCUCAUCGAACCCGGCACCCCGAACCCACAUGGCCAACCCAUCCUGCGGAUAUUCUGUGCCGUCAAGAACCAUAUAAUGCA